GAGUCCAAUUUGCUCUCUGGGAAAAGGUCAAGCAGCUUGUGACAGUAGAAAACCAAGCAGGGUCCCAGCGGUGAGGCAGGACUGGAGAGAACAGACUCACCAGAGAGGCUGCUAAAAGCAGCUUCGGAGUUGGCUUCUCCGGCUCGGCAAAGGCAUCCCUCCGAUUCUAGAGGGAAACUUAAAUCAUGAAGCUCAUUACUAUCCUGCUCCUCUGCUCCAGGCUGCUACUGAGCUUCACGCAGGAAGAAGCCCCCCAGGAAAUCGACUGCAAUGAUGAGGAUGUAUUUCGGGCUGUGGAUGUUGCUCUGAAGAAGUUCAACACUGGGAGAACAAUCGGCAAUCAGUUUGUGUUGUACAGAGUGACGGAGGGCACUAAAAUGGUUGCCUCUGAAACGUUUUAUUCCUUCAAGUAUCAGAUCAAGGAGGGGAAUUGUUCUGUGCAAAGUGGCCUCACCUGGCAAGACUGCCACUACAAGGACGCCGAGGAAGCCGCCACUGGAGAAUGUACAGCAAUCGUGGGAAAGAGAGGAGCUAAGAAAUUCUCCGUAGCUAUGCAGUCAUGCGAGAUUACUCCAGGUAACGGCCCCGUGAUGGCGGCCAAGUACACCUGUUUGGGCUGUGUCUUCCCCAUACCGACUGACAGCUCCGAACUGGAGCCGAUUCUCAAACACGCCGUCCAACAUUUCAACAACCACACCCGUCACUCUCACCUCUUCACUCUCGAAAAAGUGAAAAAAGCCCAGAAACAGGUGGUGGCUGGACUGAAUUUUGAAGUUACCUACUCAAUUGUGCAAACUAAUUGUUCAAGAAAGCAUUUUCGACUCUUAACUCCAGAGUGCAAAUCCCUUCUGAAUGGUGAUGUUGGUGAGUGUAGACAUAAUGCCUUUGUGAAUAUCAAUCAAGAAAUUGCUGCCUUCUCCCAGAGCUGUGACCUUUAUCCAGGAGAAGAUUUGUCACUCCCGGGAGGAGAUUUGUCACACCCACCUCCUGAGAAUUGCCCCGGAUGCCCCAGAAGCAUACCUGCGAACAGCGGGGACCUGACAGAGGCACUCGAUCAUGCUAUCAGAAAGCUUAACACACAAAAUAACCACCCUUUCUUUUUCAAGAUUGACAUGGUGAAAAAAGCAACAUCACAGGUGGUGAGUGGAAUGAUAUAUACUAUGGAGUUCAUAGCCAGAGAAACUGAGUGUUCCAAGGAGAGCAACACAGAACUGACAGCCAAUUGUGAGGCCAAGCCCGCCGGGCAAAGUCUCAACUGCAAUGCCAACGUGUACCUGAAGCCUUGGGAGAACAUAGCGGAUGCGACUGUCAAGUGCCAAGAGUUAGAUAUGAUUACAAUGAUGAGAAGGCCUCCAGGCUUUUCACCUUUCCGAGUCAUCUCAGUACAAGAAACAAAAGCAGGAACAACUGUAAGUCCGCCCUAUACUGCCAUGGUGCAAGAAGAGCAGAAUCCAGAAAAUGAACAAAGACCCGCUCACGGGCAUGAAAGACAAACAAAGAAUAAGGCUGACCAUGCCCAAAAGCAUGGGCAUGACCAAGGCCAUUGGCCCCCACAGAUUCAUGGCCUUGGCCAUGGACAUCAGAAACAACAUGGCCUUGGCCAUGGACAUCAGAAACAACAUGGCCUUGGUCAUGGACAUCAACUUAAAUAUGAUUUUCUUAAACCCCAAAGGGAAGAUGGCUUUGACCAUGGACAUACAGUGGAACAUGGUCAUAAGCAUGGUCAUGGUCAUGGCCACGGUAAACACAAAAAUGAAGGCAAAAACAAAGGAAAGCACACUGACCAGAGAACAGAGCCUUUGGCAAGCUCUUCUGAAGACAGUACUACAUCCUCUGCACAGACCCAAGGGAGGACAGCGGGAACCACCCCUAGACCUCCCCCAGCUCGGCCAAGUAUUACCCCUUCUGGCUUCCAGGACUCAGAUUUAAUUGACAGUGUGGUGGCUACCACACAACCAUAUGUCGCAGAGAUUGAUGAUUAUUUGAUCCCUGAUAUCCAUGUACAACCAGAUAGCCUUUCCUUUAAGCUGAUAUCUGACUUUCCAGAAGCAACAUUCCACACGUGUCCUGGACGCCCAUGGAGGCCAGUUGGUACAAAGGAUCUAACCACAGAAAUGGGAGACUUUUCUGAUUUUGAUCUUGCUGACGCUCUUUCUUAGCUUUAUACAGCCUGCUAACUCAGAGAGGCAAAGAAAGCACCCAGCUGACAUUUCUCCUCCACCAUUGUCCCAGAAAACCUGUCCUCUCUCCUUGUCUCAAAUAAGUCUCUUCCAACUCACUCUCCCUCCCCUCUACUUCCUCUGCAUCUCUCUGUCCAUCCUCCUGACUCCUUCUCUCUAUGGUUUCUUACUAAUAAUCCUAUGCUCACUUCCUGUCAACUGGUUGCUUGCUCCACCUCUCGACCUAUGGUUGACUUUAUUUAAUCCUGUUUACACUAUUUAAGCAGAAAGCUCUUGGGUUAAAGGUGUGUGCUAUGGCUGAGUCACACCACAACUAGAAACAGGUUUUUCCAAUAAGAAAUGAAAUCUUGGGGUUCAGA